AUGAAGGCGAUGGCGACGGCGGCGGCGGCGGCGGCGGCCCAGCUGGUGAUGCUGCUCCUGAUUGCCGGUCCCGCAGCGUGUCGCGGCCAGGUGCAAUUUUCUCGAAUGGCCCAGACGUUGCUCGCCAGAUCCAACAAUGGUGGCGAGUAUUAUUGGGCCCACGAUCAUCAAACGCUGGAACAGUGCAAGGCCCUGUGCACCUUUGACAUGCACUGUCGCUCCUUCGACUAUCAGACCAACCUGGCGGAUGGUGGAGAUUGCUACUUGUCCUUUGACAACUCUUCCACUGGCAUUGUGACCUCGUACCCUUACUUUGAUCUCUACGAUGUCAACAACGCCCCCUCCAGCCUGCCUUUCUUCACUCGAACCCCACAACGAUACCUGAUCAACAAUAACGAUGGCGGCCGGUUUGAAAACUUGGGCAUGUCCGCCGAAGCCUGUGCCUCCCAAUGCCUCCGUGAUCUCGCCUGUCUCUCCUUUGAUUUCUUCUCCGACUCGACUGGGACGCGAUGCUACAUCUCUUAUGAAACCGCCGCCCAGGCGGGCCCUGGUAGCCUGGAUUACACCGCCACCGGUAGCUACUACGAGCGUCUUCCCCUGGUGGCCUCGCCCUCCAACCCCCAUUGCCCUCCCGGUCACGUUUCUCCCACUGGCUACUUCAACGAUGCCUUUCCAGCUGGCCGAAAUUGCGUCAAGUGUCCCAACAACACGUACGCCGCCAACGCCAAAGCCUACUGUGCUUCCUGCCCCAAGGGCUUUGUCAGCCCCGCCGGCGCUGACACCGUCGAUGCUUGCCAACCCAACACCACCAUCUUCUCAAAUGCCACCCUCUCGAUUGGCGAUCGCUACGUUGGUCGCUACUCCAUCGUCUGCGGGCCCGCAGUCGAAUCCGAUGGCCACCUGGAACUCACCGUCAUUAGCAUCACCGCGUCUGCCACCAGCGCAGCCUACAUUGUCCGCGUUCAAGUUGAACUGGUGGAUGAGGAUGAUUUUGAUGUGGAAUUUGUGCAGGACAUUACGGUCGACGAUGUGUACGCCACCUCCAUCCCAAUUUACAUCGCCGCCAGAGCUGGUGGCAUCAACAACGUCUUUCGUGGCACAAUUGCCGUUGGCAGCAGCGACGACCCGACCGACCAGGGCCUCAGCUUCUCAGGCACCCUGACCCAGGGCACUUGCCCGGGUUAUUUUUCGGCUCUUCGCUCCUGUCAUCUCCCUCAUAGCGGAACCCCCUUUGAAAUUGGAGAUCAAUGGGUUGGCAGCUUCGAGUGCACGGCCUAUUAUGGCCUCCUGCCAGACACCUCGCACCGUCGUCUUGAUGUCAUUGUCACCGGCAUCAGUGGGAACAACUUUACCGUUCUUGUCGAUGUCACCUCGGAUUCGCUCGAAGAAUCUCGUUACCGCGCGACCGGUUCCUUUGAUCCAGUGACGCGCAAGGUCGUGAUUCUACCACGUGGUGCCGACGCGUGGAUCUCGCGCCCAAGCAAUACCGUGACAGCAGAUAUGGUUGGAACGAUUUCCGAGGAUAAUCUUCUCUUCACGGGUCAGCGAGACCCCAACCCCCUUUGCGAGUGCACUGGCGAAACUUUUGUUCGCAAUGGCCAAACAGUCGGGGGCUACUGUUCGACGACAGGUCGCCCCACCACUAGUUACCCGGCCACGCAGUGGUGCUAUGUGCACCCCGAUUGCCCCGACGGCGAGGAUGACAUUGAAGCCGGUUUACGUUGGAUGGAUUGUCUGGCCACUGAAUUGUGUGAUGCUGUUGAACUUCAUCGUGUGUGCCCCGACCCUGGCUUUGAUGUGGGACCAUGCUCUUGUGAAGGCUAUGCCGACGCUGCAGGAGCGGGUGCCACUUGCCAAAUGUAUGCCACAGGCCCCAUCGACCACGAUAUGCCCAUCUCGCAGCCCUGGUGCUACGUUCGAGAAAGUUGUAACCGGGCACAAGCUGGCAAAAACAGCACUUGGUGGGCCACGUGCGACUCUGCCGCAACCACAACAACCACGACCGUCGCAACAACCACGACAACCACAACAACUACUACAACUACUACAACGACUACGGCUUCCACGACAAGCACGACUACCACGACUUCCAGCUCGUCUUCCGAAGCCCCUAGCUCGACCACGACUACAACUACCACAACAACAACCACUACAACCACUACUACCACUACUACCACUACCACUACUACCACUGCUGCCGCUACUACCACUACUACCACUACCACUGCUACCACUACUGCCACUACUACCACUACGACCACUACUACCACUACUACCACGACUACGACCACUACUACUACUACUAAUACUGCUACUCCUACUACUACCACCACCACCACCACCAGUAUCACAGCCCUAUCAACGGAAGAACCGACAUCGACAAUCAAGGCAACAACAUCCAAGGCAACAACACCCGAGGCAACAACACCCGAGGCAACAACACCCGAGGCAACAACACCAGAGGCAACAACACCAGAGGCAACAACACCAGAGGCAACAACACCCGAGGCAACAACACCCGAGGCAACAACAUCCAAGGCAACAACACCCGAGGCAACAACACCCGAGGCAACAACACCCGAGGCAACAACAUCCAAGGCAACAACACCCGAGGCAACAACACCCGAGGCAACAACACCCGAGGCAACAACACCCGAGGCAACAACACCAGAGGCAACAACACCCAAGGCAACAACACCCGAAGCAAGCACGACGACUCCCGGCGUCACCAUCACGUCAACAGAAGACGUUUUCACAAGUGAAGCCUGGGACGUGACCACAACACCAUCCGAGCCGACCUCCACCUCUACAGCCUCUCCGUCCGAUCUCGUUCCUAGUACCGCUUCUGCCGCUCCUUCUGCGGCGAGCUCGUCGGCUCCAGACGUUACCUCGACGACGAGCGAGGAUACAUCAUAUCUUUCUGUGCUGGUGGUGCGCAUCACCGGUGUCACCCCGGCUGAUAUCCAAACCAGCACGUUGGUUACGGCUGUCGUUGAUGCCGUGGGCACCAUCUCUGGCACUGAUGGCCUGGUGACAUCUUCGGACGUUCAGCUGAUGGAUGUACGUGAGGGAUCUGCCAUCGUGACGUAUGGCGUCGAGGCCAAUGCACGCAGCGUGCGACGACUGACGUGUGCACUUUUGGAGCUCAGCGCUUCCAACGCCCUGUUGGAUGAGUUGCAGCAACUCGAAGCCGAAACCUUUAACACAUCGACUCUGACACGGUCCACGAUGCUGCCCUGUCAAUUGUGCGACACAAGCAUCUGUGCACCAACGACAACGACAACCACCACACCCAUGGGCCGGCUCAACACCAUCGACCCCGAGGCAGCACGCGGAAACGGCGAAAGCGACAAAAGCGCGGACACGGCCACGUCUGUGGGUGUACCCAUUGGUGUGGUGCUGGCCGUCCUGCUUUUGAUUCUGCUCAUUGCAUUGUUCGUGCGCCGCCGUCGUGCGCCCGAGCAGCCAUCGGGUGUGCCCACGCCUGUGUUGACAAGCAGCAACGGAGCCGCACUCGCCUACAGCAACCCUCUCUUUGCUGACGACAGUGGAGAUGAGGAAAGCCAAACUGGCGUUGUUACGCCACCCAAGGAGCAGAGGACGCUCAACAACGGUGCUUAUGUCACCAUGCCGGGCGCAGGUUCGCGGCAACUGAACAACGGGGCUUACGAUACCGUGUCGCCGCGCGGUGCCCCAAUCUCCAACAACAUGUAUCAGACUGUGGUGGGUAAUGCCGAUCCUGAGUCGGGGUAUAUGCAUGUGGAAGGCGUGGACGGCCCCGACUAUGACACGAUCGAUUUUGAUCACGCCUCAUCCGAGGCCAAUGCCAGUGGCUACCUUCAGACUGACUUGACUGACCGACGCAAUUCAUUCAUGUGCCUGAAACUCCACAACAUCUUGUCCAUGUCUGAGGAGAAGCAGUUCAAGUGGCAGGUCAAGCCCGGAGGCACCGUCCCCGCCGACUCGUUCGAGAUGCAGCACGCCAAGAGCCAGCUCGGUGCCACGUCCCAGGCCAAGUCCCUGCAGAUCAACAAAGGUGGUGAGGGUGCCCCUGCCGUCGAUGCCGAGGCCUUUGCCGUCAAGUCGGCCAUGAACGCCCCCCGUGCUGCCCAGGUCGUCAACGCUGUCGACAAGACUCAGGCCUCGCGCCACAAUGCCAGCGGCUACUAAACGCCCGGCCCAGGACAUGCAAUUCAAACUCGGGUGGCUCUUUGAUCUUGUUUUUUCUUUCGGAUUUUGCAAGGAGUGACGGCCUUACUCACCGUAGCUGACUGUCUUUUGCGCCCGUGUCUUGUCGUCGAGUCCCAUGUUCCUUUUUUUUUUUUCUCUGCUUUUUUUUGUGCGUAUCAUUCCAUUCAACCUCGUCGAGCCCCAUCGGCGAAAUGACCCAAUUUAACACGAAGCCUC